ACCAAGUGUGGUGUCCUUAGCGCUUUCUGAAACCACAGGAUGGCAUAUCGAUCCCUGCUUGUCCUUCUGUUCCUCCUUGCCCUGUCCAUCUGUAGUACCCUCAGCCAAGACGCAGAGGUACCACCGACAGCAUCAGGACAGCCCUCUGACAGCCCACAGGAGGAAGAGGAGGGUGACUGGGGCCUCAGCUCCAUCAGGGGCAGUUUUGAGACAGUCGGCAGCUACUUUGACUCCAUGCUGGAGCUCCUGGGCGGGCGUGACGGAAUGUGCCAGUACCGGUGUCGACACGGUAAAGCUCCUCUUCCGCGUCCAGACUUCCAGAUGCCUGAGCCUGAUGGAUGCAGCACCUAUUUUCUAGGCCUUCCUGUUCCAAAUGGAAUGGACAUGGGCAUCCCUGCAAUGACCAAAUGCUGCAAUCAGCUGGACAUCUGUUACGACACCUGCGGCUCCAACAAGUACCGGUGUGACUCCAAAUUCCGCUGGUGUCUUCACAGUAUUUGCUCUGACCUCAAGAGGAGCCUGGGAUUCGUUUCAAAAGUUGAAGCAUGUGAGACAGUAGCGGACACCCUGUUCAACACCGUGUGGACCCUGGGCUGCAGGCCUUACAUGAACAGCCAGAGGGCAGCCUGCUAUUGCGAAGGAGAAGAAAAGGACGAGCUUUAGAUCGGCACCAGAACCCCAUCUUAUAUUUAUGAAAAAAAAAGAAAAGAAGAUGGACUGGAGCAUCACGUGAAAUACGGGUCUUUGGAUUGCAGUGUUACAAGAGACUGCCGUGUGACGACUUCUGUCAUUUAUUUGGAAGAUAUCGGUCUAGUUUGUUUGUCAAAGGCAUCGAUUUAUUCUUUUACAAACACUGAACUUUUGUGUAUGGGGGGGGGCAUAGUGUGUUAUCGCAAUUCAAAUCUGUAUUCUCUAAUUUCAGCAUGUGAUUUGAAAAGCUUAUUAAAGAUG